AUGGAAAAAAUUAUUGAAUCUCAUGAUCCUACCCCGACCGACACUGUCAUGGACGAUGGUAUCCAAUCUCAACUUCCAAUCUUACACGACAAUCAUCAUAUCCACCUAGAACGUCUCGCAGUAUUCCUGGCAUUUAGAGAAGGUUUUGCGCAAACAGCGAAGGCAACAAGAAGGUCAUUCCACGGCAACGAGAAGAAAAUUUUCAACAGAAGGCGAGAAUUCUUCGAACACUUGAUUAGCAAACCAGAGGUUUCAUUGCAGCUGCACCGAAUGAAAAAGAAGAGUAUUAUCGCAGCCGCCGAAUUCUUGUUUAGGACUGGUCGUCUCUCACCAAAUUCGACAAUGAAUAAACGCUUUGCACAUCUCUCUGCAGAACAGAUACAGAGUGCCGAGUCGAGGGCUUCUGUUUCUCUUCCUUCAUUGAAAAAGAGGAUAGUGGCAAUGGUGGAGUUCGAACCUGUAUCAACGAGGACUCGAUCGAACUGUGAGCGCUGUCAAACAUCGAAGAUCACCAGUGACGAAUCUCAACUCUCUAAUGAGUUGGAAAAAAUGUAUUUGUGUGCUGGGGGACAUACAUCCACUUUGGAUGGAGAAAAUGGUGGCGCAGACUCGGCGGGAAAUGAUGACGAUGAAAUGGAGAUGAACUAG